AUUCAGCAGCAGUGAGGUGGGUUGUUGAAUGGUCCCAGCAGUGCUGUGCUAAAUGAGACAGUUGUGUGAUAGUGUGGACUUUGUGUUGUCCGAAUACCGUAUUCAGCGUUCAUUUCGCUGUUUAAAUGAAUGCUGAGGCAAAGAGUUAGUGAGUAUUCACCUGUUACUCAAAUAGCGCUGUGACGGAGUUAGCCGUGUUAGCCCAGUAGGCUAACUGUCCAUUGGAAUCACAGCUUGUUAGCUGUGAGCUAACAGCUAACAGGAGUCACGGCUGCAGAAGCGCCGGGAGACAAGACAACUCUUAAGCAUGAACUGUCCUCCCUCCAAGCGCCUUCGAGGACUGAACCAUGAAGUUGUGACAGCAGUUGCCUUCGAUGACCCAUUUGGAGAUGACGAGGACUUCACUCAAGACGACUUGGAUGAGAUCGACGUCAUCGCCUCACAGGCCAUCACCUCGGCCACUGCAGGAACAGUACAUGGAUCUAAACCAGAACCAAAACAAACAGAGUCUGCCUGGCCAUCCCCAGUACAGAGCAAACCUCUGAGCAGAGCCACAACGAAGCAGAGCAGAGAGAACACGUUUGGAUUCAGUAGUAGCAACAGAGGGAAUGCUGGGAUACCAACCAGAGAACCUCUUGGUAACAGGCAGCAGCAGGUUGGGUUUGGCGGAGAGGACUCCUCCUACAGUCUGCUGGAGGCCCAGCAUGUCGAACUGAAGAGAAAGCUGAAGGAGGUGGAGGAGGAGAUUGUUUUGAAGAGCGGGGAGAUUCGUGUCCUCAGGGAUUCUCUGAAAGCAGCUCAGCAGGAGAAAGAGGCUCAGAGACAGAACCAUAUCCUGCUGGAGACUCAGAGACAGAGAGAUCAGAGUGACAAGGAGAAGGAGCUUAACAGGAAGGUUCAAUCUCUGCAGUCUGAGCUGCAGUUUAAAGAAGCAGAGAUGAAUGAAAUGAAAUCCAAACUGCACAGUUCAGAUAGAAACAAGACGGCCUCGCCUAUGUCGAGAAAAAGUCCUAAGGUGCUGAGCAGUCUCGCCCAGUUGCAUCAUGGGAGUGGCAACAGCUCGUCCUCUCCAACAGGAAAUGGUUUCAUCACCACAGAAACAUUUGGAGCCCAUUUCCCCUCCAGAAUGACACCAGUGAAGACGCCGAUGAAGACACGUAGAGACGCAGACCGAUUGUCCAGCAGCAGAUCUAGUGACAACAGACAAGAAAUGUCUCACCCAGACCCCUUCAUGUCCGUCAGGCCAGCACACCUGCAGCAUCGAGGUCAGUCAGUUGUUGCUGCGCCUCUUCAAAAAAGUGGCAUCCUACUGGGGUUGUUACUGCAGCCGCCUCUUUCUCCCAGCAGCCUCAGCCUCUCUCAUUUACUGUCUAUGACACUGACGGACAUCGACCAGUCAUCCAGUGGCCUGUCUGCAGGUUUUCUGCUCCACUCUGUUGCAAAAUCAAGUGUCCAGGAUGACGGCGGUCCCACAGCAGCUCUGAGUCCCCUCCAGAGUCUGGCUGUAACUGGACUGAACACACUCAGUCAAAGCCAAACAGCAACUGCAAUCAGCAGCAGAAACAACAGAUCAUGUCCUGGAGCAGUUCUUCUCCUUCCACUCCUGGACUUUCACCUGUCUCGUCUCUGCCGGGCUCUGGACUCACUCCAUUCCAGCUCAGCAGGCCGAGGAUCAGACUCUACAGCAGCCAGCUCGCUCCCUGCAGGCUGUGCUGCUCCUGCUGGUUUCAAUGUGGAGGACACUGGUCUGGCUUCUCUGCGACUUCUCUACCUGCUGUUGGCCCACAGUGAUGAGGUGGUGGAAACUGUCUUGUUGAAGGAGAAUCAGGGCACAUUCAAGACUGAGCCAUCAGCUGCCGAUGUGGGUCUUUGCUCCCAGAAUGCCUUGCUUCAGUCAGUGCUACGGCUGUGUGAAGCAGGAGCUGGUGGCAGCAGCAGCAGCAGCAGUAGCAGCAGCAGCAGCUCACAGAAGGAGGCACUUGUCCUCAGUGCCAUGAAGACACUGCGUGUCCUCAUUGAGAACACCCCACAAACUCACACUGACAGGUUGCAGUGUGUGUUGCAGGUGGUGUGUGCGUGUCUGUCUGCAGACAGCAGGUUGCAGAUGAUUUCAGAGUGUGUGUCCGUCCUCAUGUCACUGUCCGACCACCAGCCGCUGGCUCAACAGCUCUGCUCUCAGCACGACCCUUGUGUUUUCUUGAAAUUAUUGCAGCAUGUUAGAAUCCGACCAGACAACCAGGCAACACAAACAGACUGGACUCUGCUGGACCUGAAGGUUGUUCGUUUGUUGAGCAGACUUUUGACUCAGAGAGCAGAAAGCUGGACAACAAACCUGAACAGCAGCUGUCAGUGUUACACUGAGCUGGUUCAGACAGUGGUGAUCGUUUUCCAUCGUCAGUGGUUGGAUCUUCGUGGCUCUCAGGAGCCGACAGACUCGACAGACUCGCCCUCACCCCGACAACAAUGCACCUCCCGCUCGUUGCCGUGGUGCCGUGGCCCGGCGGCGUCUCUGCUCAGGGAGUGUUUGCUGCUGCUGCACUGGCUCCUGCUGCAUCACAGCAGCUUCUCCGAGAGCUGCAGGCCGCUGCUGCAUAUGUACGACCAGGUGAUCCCCGCUGUACGAGACACGCUGAGGAAGAUUCCUGAGCUGAGUGAGAGUGAAGAGCUGGCACUCGAGGAAAUCUGCCGCUCGGAGGGCGACUAUACUGAUGACAUGGAAACUGAUCAUGGUUCCUGACCAUCUGCAGAGGUGACCAAUGAGCAGACACGUGAUUUUCAGACUGACAAGAGAACAGAGAUUCUGUUUUAUUCAAAUACUUUGAAGACAAAUGAAGGAUUAGAGAGAAAACACUGCUCUUAACACGACUGGCAGUUGCAGAAUUUUAUCUGCCGUCGAGUGGUUUUUAACACAAAUAAGUCACAACGGUCAAAAAUAAAAACUGCUGCAGUCUGUGUCCAUGUCCA